AUGAACCUCUUCCCUUCACAAUUCAUCAUGAUAUCUCAGGAAGCAGCCAACGACGCCCUGGACACCACUCUGGCUGCUGUGCAAUCGCUCAUGAAGCGUUGCAUGAAGUUGAAGGAAGCCGACCCAGAAACCUUAAGGCUCUCGGAUGAGAUCGCCAGGCAAGUGGCCAAAGACUUGAAACUCUAUGCGGGGAAUGCGACAUCAUUCUCUCCCCUGCUACUCUCCUGUGCUGCCGUUAUAUGGCAGCACUCACAGGGGGGCACCUUUGAGAGUGUCCCCGAUUGGACCUCGGUCGCAGCAGACGACCCAAGAAUCAAGAGCCACCCGCAAUUCAAGAAGACUGUGGACUAUCGCCCACCCUCUGUCCUUGAUGUUUCUCUACUUGCAACAUCGAGCGCAAUUCCCACCACCUUUCCCACCCCACCACCUCACAUUGUCCCGCCCUUGACGACCUCAGCUCUAGCAUCAAUGCCAUCCCGCGCGGACCCAGAUAUUAUUGCCAAGCCAGUAGCAGAACCAAAACAAUCUUCGCACUUACGAGCGCGUAAGAAUCCGCCCCUUUUCGGUCGUCAGGCAGGUCCACCUGCAAGAUUCCACCACCUCUAUGUCGACAAAAUAACGCAGAGGGGAGUUUUUGAGGUCGGCGAUAGCAAGGAGAGAAAGGCAGACUAUGAAGAUAUGGAUGGGGCCGUUGUAAUUGAAAUCCCCAAGUCGCCUUCCCCGUCCCAACAGCCUCUGAAAAAGAAGAGGAAGUUCAAGUCGAAUGUCGAAACAAGGCCCACCAGAAUUAUUUAUGUGAAACCAAAGCUCAAGGCAUUACUGCCUGUCACCACGGACAAGGAUGUUCCACUAGGCGAUGACCAGGGCUUCCGGGACGCAGAAACUCUGUCCAAGCCUGCGGAAUGGGGCUCGGAUGCUUAUAUUGCUACCCCGUGCCAGCAUUCUGUUCGCUAUCACCCCCGGAAGUGCGACAAAUGCACGAAGUUGGACAUACCCUGCAUUGUCCUUCUGGACAAAAAGUUCGGAUGCACACGACUUGCAUGUGCAAAUUGUGACCUCAUGAAGGUCAACUGUGUGAUCGACGGCGUCGGUGUGAGGAAGAGAAUGCAGGCAAAGGCGGCCGCGGCUGCAUCAAAUUCUGCUGAGCACUCCGGAACGUGCAUUCGGAAGUCCCGCAUGAUCUCUCGGGUUAAACUUAAUAUCGCUGAAGAGGCGGAGCAACAACCUGGCCUGCCGGCUGAUGUGCUGAUGAAAACGCUCGCGAUCAUUAGCACAAGCCAACGGCCCAAACAGGGUGAUCAGUUUGCGCCGACUAACCGUGCCAAUCCCAAACCAACUGCAAGAGACAUCCUGCAGGGCAUUCAGGACCUCGGCAGGAAAUUUGAUCUUCUGGCCACCAAUGAGCGGGUGGACACCUUGGAUGUAAGAGUGCAUUCAGUGGAGACUAUCCUCCACCAGCGGUUGGAUGCACUGGAGCAACGCCUUAACGCCUCGGAUGCCUGGUAG